GUUUAAUAUUAACAAUGAUUACUUGUGAUCAACCGACAUAAGCCGAUAUUAUUAGGUUCAACGUCAUCAGUAAAAUUCGAAUCCUGAUAUUCAUGGUCGUUGUAUGUGAAUUAUUAGUAGUUAUUACCAUUUCGUCUUGCAAAACCAAAAACAAAAACUUUAUCAUACUUUUCCCCACCACAUAGUACUAACCACAUUAUAUAGAUUAUAUAGAUGUAGUACCACCAAUAACCAAUCAUGCAUAUUUUGUAGCACAAUUAACAAAAAAAACCAAAUAGAAGAAAAAACCAUGGCAGGAAACAAAAUCCCAGAAGUAUCACUGAAUUCAGGACACAAAAUGCCGGUAAUAGGAAUGGGAACUUCAGCAGACAACCGUCCAUCAAAUGAUGUUCUUGCUUCAAUCUUUGUUGAAGCAAUCGAAAUUGGUUAUCGCCAUUUCGAUUCUGCGUCGGUCUAUGGUUCAGAAGAAGCAAUAGGCCUGGCUGUGGCAAAAGCUAUAGAACAAGGACUUAUCAAGAGUAGAGAUGAAGUUUUCAUCACUUCAAAACCAUGGAACACAGAUGCAGAUUAUGAGCUUAUUGUUCCUGCUCUCAAAACCACAUUAAAAAAGCUAGGAAUGGAGUAUGUGGAUCUAUAUCUGAUUCAUUGGCCAGUGAGAUUGAGACAUGAUCUUGAAAACCCUGUCAUUUUUACCAAAGAAGAUUUACUUCCCUUUGAUAUUGAAGGGACAUGGAAAGCUAUGGAAGAGUGUUAUAAGUUAGGCUUAGCAAAGUCUAUUGGUAUAUGCAAUUAUGGUAUCAAAAAACUCACCAAGCUCUUGGAAACAGCUACCAUCACCCCUGCAGUCAAUCAGGUUGAAAUGAAUCCAUCUUGGCAGCAAGGGAAACUGAGGGAAUUUUGCAAGGAGAAAGGGAUUCAUGUUAGUGCUUGGUCAGCUCUUGGAGCUUAUAAGGUAACAUGGGGUUCAGGAGCUGUUAUGGAGAAUCAAAUUCUUCAAGACAUAGCUGCUGCAAAAGGGAAGACCAUAGCUCAGGUUGCACUUAGAUGGGCAUACCAAAUAGGAUCAAGUGCAAUGGCUAAAAGCUUCAACAGGGAAAGGAUGAAACAAAACCUUGAAAUAUUUGAUUUUGAGCUGAGUGAAGAUGAUUUAGAGAAGAUUAAGCAGAUUCCACAAAGCAGACAGUACUUAGGAGAUAUGUGGCUAUCUGAAAAUGGAUCCUGCAAGACCUUAGAAGAACUUUGGGAUGGAGAUGUUUGAAAAUCUUCUCAAAUUCCAAACAGUAUUCUAAAAUAAUGUACUAGGAAAAUAAAUUUCAAGAUUUGAUUUUCAUGUUAUGUAUGAGCUUCUUUAAUAUUAUUGUGCAUUAUCAAGCACGAAAAUAAAUUAUUAUGUACUAGGUAUGGCUUCGUUUCAAGCACGAAAAAUAAAUUUCAAGAUUUGAUUCUCAAA